GCGGCCGGCGCUGAGGGGCGGGAGCGGGGGCUCGUGUUCGGUGAGAACUAAACCAGAUUAAGACAAUUCAGCAGAUGAACACACAUUACUGCUGAUGAUGCACGAUCCCAGCCUCUUUCACAGCUUCCUGACAGUGUAUGUUUGCUCAAAGAGCUCCUUGGGGACACAGAGCACUGUUCAAAGUCAGUAGGUGUCCUUAUGGUACAUCAUCUGCCCAGUCACCAAGUACAGCCAUUUUGGACUAUUUUUAGGGAUAGGGAGAAUCUUUCUCAGGAAGAUUUGGGAUGGCACAGCCUCGUAUCUCAGCGUACCUCCCCCCUGACAUAGACCCCACCAAAGCUGCUCUGGCCUUUGGGAGGAGAGCCCUUCCUAAGCUGAAUGAGGAGCUGCAGUCUCCCGAGCUGCUGACACAGCAGCGGGCGCUGGUGGCUCUCUGCGAUCUGGUCCACGAUCCAGAAAAAGUCUACGAGGCAAUAGCAUUAGGAUUCUUGGACAGCCUGAAGGCUUUGCUGGUGCAUGAAGACCGAACUGUCCGGCAGAAAACAACAGAAGUUCUCUCUGUAAUGGCUUUGCACAGUAUUGGCAGGGAAGGGCUCAUACGAAGGGGAGUCAUCUCUGCCCUGGCUGGGCUCCUGGAUGAUCCGGUGGAUAUCUGUCGGAAGAACACCCAUCAGGUCUUUGACAUGCUGGCAAGAUUACCUGAAGGGGCUGGUGGUGUCCUGCAGGCUGGUUUGAUUCCCCCACUGGUCCUGAAGUUGGAGACAGAGUUGGAUGAGAUCCAGGAGCUGAUCCUGGGUACCCUCUCCAACUGCCUCCGUGUGGAGGUUUCUGAAGCCCUGGCAGCUGGUGCUGUCCCUGUGCUGAAGGAAAAGCUCUCACACCCCUACUCAGCCAUCAGGAGCAAAGCAGCCUGGGUCCUCUUAGAAAUCAGCUCCCACGCCGAGGGCAAGAUCGCCGUGUUUGAGGAGGAGGUGAUUCCUGUGCUGCUGAGCCUGCUGGAGGACGCGCAGCCCGCAGUGCAAGUGAACUCAGCGGGAGCGCUGAUGUUCGCUCUUGUUACACCUCAGGGGAGAUCCUCAGCCAUGGGUGCUGCAGCCAUUCCACCUUUACUGGCGCUGGUUGCUGAGGAAACCAGCAAAGCGCGUUUGAACGCAAUCAAAGCCCUCACCCUGCUGGCGGAGCUGCCGGAGGGCCGCCAGACGCUGCUGGAGCACAGGGACACCUUCCAGCGGUGUCUGGAUGAUCCCAGCGAGGCCGUGCAAAGAGCUGCCGAAAUCGCCAUCACCGUCAUCGACUGGAAACCCUUCUGCAGCCGCGAUCUUUUCUAG